GUUGUUUUUCUCUGCUGUUUAGGGAUAGCCAAGGUUUGGGUUUUGGGUUCACACAGUUCUCUGCAUUAUUCAGUCCGAUGCAAUGAAUCAAAUAUGCUGUUGUCAGCUAUCCGUCUCUGUAAACUACAACACUCUCUUCCUCUUCAUCUGAGAAAAACCCUUAUGUACAGUAGCAGAAUAACAAUAUCUACUGCAUUAGCUGUAGAAAGGGAAGAAGACUGGAACCCCGACGAAAAUUUAGUACAGACAGUAAUUGAGUCUCUUCUCAAGCAAAAAAGUUCCAGUCUGAAUCUGCCUCCAUUGAAAACAGAACAUGUAGAUCAGAUUCUCAUGAAAAUACGCACAAACACACAGUUGGCUCUAGAAUUCUUUGAAAGGGCAGACAGGCAAAGCGCAUUUCGACAUUCCCUCUUCUCAGUUUUGAUGAUUAUUCACAUUCUUGCUCGUGACAGACGGUAUCCCGAGCUCUGCAUAAUAAUGGAAAAACUUCUGCUAGACCAGGGAUGCUUCUCCCUCUGUUCAAUCUGUAAAUUGCUGAGCAGUAAAUUCAAAGAGUGGAAAGUGACAUCUUUGGUGUUAGUUUUGAUGGUCAGUACUUAUUCUCAAGCUGGACUGAUCAGGGAUGCUCUUUUUGUUCUUCGUUUUAUGAAAUAUCUUGGACUGAAAGCUCCAGUCCGCUCAUAUAAUGGGGUUCUUAGCAAGGUGGAAUGCACGGAUACAAUCAGUGACAUCAUUGAGGAGAUGCGCCAAUGCAAAGUUUCUUCAGAUCUAUAUACAUAUAAUAUUAUUAUUACUCAUUUUUGUAAGCAACAAAAGUUGAAAGAAGCUCUUGAGGUAUUUUUUGAAUUGGGACAAAGUGGUCUGAACCCUAAUAUUAUUUCUUACAAUAUAAUUAUUAGUGCCCUUUGCAAGAAUAGUCACUUAGAAGCUGCAAAGAGUUUAUUUCAAGGGAUUUAUCAAGUAGGAUUGCUUCCUGACAGGUUUAGCUAUAAUUCUAUAAUCGAUGGGCAUUCUAAGAUGGGUAAUAUGUCUGAAGCUUUUAGACUUUUCAAUGAGAUGAUGGAAAAAUCUAUUGAACCUGAUAUAGUCACUUACAACACACUUAUCAAUGGGUGUUGUCUACAAGGUAGAAUGCGGGAAGCAAAUAAUGUGUUCAAAAAAAUGGUGGCUAAGAACAUCUGUCCUAAUCUUAUCACUUAUGCUACACUUAUUAGAAGCUACUGCAGCAUUGGCAACGUACAGGAGGCUCUUCAGUUGCGUUUGGAAAUUAUCGAAAGAGGUAUUAAACUAAAUUUAAUCACUUAUAGCACAAUCAUGAAUAGCCUGUGCAAAGAAGGGAGGCUAAAUGAAGCAGAGGAAUUGCUCUUGGAAAUGCAAGAAACAGGCUUGGUUCCUGAUGUAUUUAAUUACACUAUUUUGAUCAAUGAACAUUGCAAUGAGGGAAACAUGUUGAAGGCCAAGCAGUUAUACGAUGAAAUGCUAGGAAGAGGCAUUGUGCCUAAUCGUGUUGCUUAUACAGCAAUGAGUAAUGGGUUCUGCAAGAGCGGGAGCCUUAUGGGAGCAAGACAGAUUUUGAAUCAUUUUAUCAAACAAGGUUACACUCUGGACUGUAUCAUGUACAAUGGACUCAUUGAUGGAUACAUCAAAAAAGGCAGCUUAGAUGAGGCUUUUUGGUUGUGUGAUAAUAUGGAGCAAAGUGGCAUUGCACUCAAUAUUGUCACAUAUAAUUCUCUUGUCAAUGGCCUUUGCAAGCUUAACAGGUUGCAAGAAGCAAAAGAACUAUUGAAUGAAAUUUCAUGCAAGCAUUUGGUGCUUAAUGAAGUCACUUAUAGCACUCUGAUAGAUGCACAUUGCAAUGCAGGUGAUAUCAAUUAUGCGCUCAAUGUAUGUGAUGAAAUGAUUGGAAAAGGUGUUCUGCCCAAUGUUGUUACUUAUACCACUCUUAUAAAAGGAUUUUGCAAAAUUGGCAAAGCACAAAAGGCUUUGGAUCUCUUGGAUGAAAUGUUUAAACAGGGUGUAGAUCCUGAUCAUGUGACGUACAACACACUUAUUCAUGGAUUUUGUCAACAGGGCAAUAUGGAGAUGGCUUUUGAACUGCACGAUGAGAUGUCACAGAUCCAUUUGAAACCUACAAUUGUUACAUAUAACUCACUCAUAUAUGGACUUUGCAGAAAAGGUAGAUUCAAACAUGCCAAGGAACUAAUGGUUUACAUUUCACAGAAAGGUAUUGAAUUGAAUGAAAUAACAUAUGACACAGUAAUCAGUGCUCAUUGCAAUUGGGGUAAUCUAGUUGAGGUUAGUUACUUCCUUGAUGAGAUGGCUAAAAAGGGACUUCUUCCUACUGUCUAUACUUACACUGCUCUUAUGAGUAAAUUCUGCAAAGUGGGGCAGUUAGAGGAAGCAAAGGAGAUCUGGAAUGAAAUGUUAGAAAAUGGUAUAUCACCUGACAGGAGAGCUUAUGACACACUAAUCACAGGAUUGCACCAAAAAGGAAGCAGAUGGGACCCCUGAACAAGUUACAUGAGGAUUGGUCUUUGAGUUGUUUGCAAAACCCAAAGGAUGCUACUAUGGGAUAUGCAUUUGAGUGUAUAAACACCGGCAUCUCUUGUUAGAUAUGUGACUGCCUAUUAUGGCAUUGGCCUUUCUAGGUGGCACUCCCUUUGCCUAACCAGGCUGGGAGAUAUUGGACGAAGUUGUAUCCUAGGUUCAGCUCUAAGUGGUUAACUAAGCUUUAAUUAUGGCAAACUCUAGUUGGCCACUAGAACCGUGCCCAUUUGGAUAUGUAGGCACUUGCCUAAAGGUGCUAGAGAUAGGGCUUGGAGGUAUGCCUAUGAAGGACCGGAUCCUGGGACAGUGAUUUGCAUAAAAUGUGAAAAAAUACUUCAUGGAGGCAUAAACUACCUCAAAUACCACCUUGUAGGCAUAGACACACAUGAUGCUAGAGAAUGCAUUGGGACCAAUGAUGAAAUAAAAAGAGAAAUGAAUGCCCUACUUUCAGCUGGGGAAGAGAAGAAAUUGUAAAGGGAGAGGGAAGAGAAUGCAUUGGGACCAAUGAUGAAAUAAAAAGAGAAAUGAAUGCCCUACUACAAUCCAUAGGUAGUUAUUUUGUGCCCAGGAACACACUUGGAGCACAACCAUCAUUAGAGGCCAUUGGAUGGAAUAGGGAGGCACAUGAGAAAACAGAUAUUGCAUGUGCUGAUUUUUUGUACUUCAACAACAUCCCAUUCAAUGUGGCAUACAAUCCUUAUUGGUUGAAUUUGGUGACCGCAAUGACAGUUUCAGAAAAGGGGUACAAGCCCCUUCUCGCAAGGAUUUGAGUGGGAGGUUGCUCACAAAUGCAGUUGAUAGGGCAAAAGAAGAGGUGGAUGACCAAAGAAAUGAAUGGAGAAAAUAUGGCUGCACCAUUCUUUUUUAUGGGUGGACAGAUGGCAAAAACCGCACUAUCAUUACUUUUUUGGUUGCUUACAAGGACAAUAUUGUGUUCUUGAAAUCGGUUGAUGCCUCCAGUAAGGUGAAAAAUGCAGAAACAUUGGCUGGAAUGUUGGAGCACAAUGUCAUGGAGGCGGGAGUAGAGAAUGUGGUGCAAAUCAUCACAAAUAAUGCAGCAACAUAUUUGGCAGCAGGUAGAAUCCUCCAAGAUAGGCACCCCACUCUUUUUUGGACACUUUGUGCAACACAUGUCCUUGACCUUAUUUUGGAGGACAUAGGAAAACUUGAUUAGGUGACUCAAGUUGUGGAAGAUGCAAGGAGAAUCACGAAAUAUAUUUACAAUCACCCUUGGGUUCUCCAUUUGAUGAGAGAGCACACCCAAGGGAGAGAUUUGGUGAAAGUUGGUGUCACAAGGUUUGCAACGAUUUUCUUGACGUUGCAAAGCAUUCUUGCUGCAUUGACUUCUUUGAAACAAAUGUUUGUGAGUCAAGCAUGGCUAGACUCACCUUAUUCAAAGAAGGCUGAAGGAGAGGGUGUCGCAUGCAUAUCUUCGACAAUCAUUUUGUACAAAGGGCUGUAGACAUUAUGAAGGUGCUUGGCUUCAGCAUUGGCAAAAUACAAGAGCCUUCCAGCUGCAGAGAGUAACGAUUUAAAAGGGUAGACUUAAUUUGAUGACAUAUGGUCUUCACAAAAAUGGGAGGAAGUAAAGCAGUUUAUCUAUGAAAUGCAACAGACAUGUUUGGUUCCAGAUGCAAUCCGCUACAUAACUCUUUAUCAAUCUGUAUGAGCUGAGGGAGAUUGAAAGCCAGUCAUUUGCACGAGGAAGUGCUACCAUGAAGCAUUGGUGUGCAUUGUUUCGUGUAUAAAGCUUUGUUGGGUUCCACAAGAGUACACAUUUGUUGAAGUGUUGCCAAUUUUUGAACGUUUGGGACAAUGUAUUGACUGUGGAUGCUACCAUCUAUGAGUCUCUUGUUAGAUGGUUUCAUUGAAAGUGCAAUAUAGACAAGGCUUUUAUUUUGCAAGCCAACACGGUGCAAAGUAGUUUCAUGUCCAGUAUUUUUUCAUAUAAUUUCUUGGCCAAAUUAGCAAGAUGCAAGAGGCCAAGAAACUGUUGAAUAAAUUUUCAUGCAAGAGUUUGGGUCCCAGUGAAAGUACUUAUACCUCUGAUAGAUGCACAUUGCAAUGUAGGUAAUGAUUAUUGUA